UCCAGCCUUAUAUGGAUAUUUGUUAUUUGACAAAGUACACCAUGCGUAUAUUUCAUUUGCGUGAUGUAUUCCUUUUUUUAGGCAUCGCUUCAAUAUUUCACCUCGUCAAUGGAUGCCGAACAUUUAUCAUAUAGUCAGUCGACAUUCUGGUGAUAUUUGCGUCUUUUCUGACAAUUUUAUGUUUGUAUUUUCGCCAUCAGUAGCAACGUGCAUUAUCGACAUUCGAAAAUAUAUCGCACGCCUAUCUUGUCAUUCCUCAUUUUGAGCGAUUGAUUAUCCUUUUUUAAUUGAUUAUCCUUUUUUUGCCGUUUUGCAUUUAUAUUUUAUGUGAUUCGUGCCUUUUUAAUUUAACGUGAUCAAAAUCUAUGUCAAACAGAUUUUUGCCGUUUUGCAUUUAUAUUUUAUGUGAUUCAUACAUUUUAAUUUAUUUUGGUUAAAAUCUAUGUCAACAGAUGCCCCUCGAGGUCUGGGUUCGAAGCGAUUUUUUUUGGACCCAGAGCUCGAAACUUAAUUAUACAUAUUUCUUGUGUUUAGAGCACUUCCUGUGAGUAUACGUAAUCGUGCUGUUUUAUUGAUAUAAAUAUCACUUUUGAAACGUUGGACCUUUUAGUCAAGUGCAUGCCAGUUAUACGUGGCUGUGCAUUUUCCUUUGUUUUACACAUGUUGCCAACCGAUUUUGCAACCAUGCAAGCUAGAAAUCAGGCCACGUUUGAGGUUAGCUGGGUAACAAACUCUAUCCGGCUAACAAACUGCGUCCCUUAUCCCCUCAACUAUCUUUUAAACAGCCAGCUGCCUUCUUCUUUUUCCUUAGACCAGCUAGAAGACAUACGAGAAAAGGUCUGCUUCCGUCUGGCCGUGGACGCGAUUCUUUAGAUAGGCAGGAGACGUUGGAGAAAAAGAUUGCUUUCAAUUCCUCACAAGAUGCACCUCUGUGUGGGAAACUAUUGAUUCGUCCAGCUUGAGUGCAGGAAGACAAGGAGACUAGGUUACGGCUUGGGUCAAAUCUUGCUUAGAUACUACUUCUCUCAUCCUUGUUGUGGGCUGGCUGUUUGGGCACGUCCACCUUGAUGGAGCCGGAUGAAGUCCAUAGGAUGUCUCUAUUGCAGCUAGCUAAGAGGCAACUUUUUGAACCAGAUACUAAUUUGUUGUACAAUCCUGUGAUAAGGGAACAACAGACACCCCAAGGAAAUCCUGAAUAUUCUAGGCGAGGGUGGACAUCAGGCCGCUCCUUCAUAGCGCAGUGCUAUUAUCCUGUCGCUCCUCAUCCUAGAGUCGAUACAGCUGUCACCCUCGGGACUCACAUGAUAUCCAAAGGAUUAGGUUGGGAAUUCCACGAGGUUGAAUAUUCAAUAGCUCCCCCUGGGUACGUUGAAUGGGGAACUAACAUUUUGAAGAAUUAUUCCAUGCAUUUGAAAGGUAGUGAAGAGAACACUGACUAUAUCUAUGGAGCCAUUUACUGCUCUUUGGGUGAGUACUCUGUAUCUCCCCCGCUUCUGAGGGCUUUGUUAGAGCACUGGGAUCCCAACACUAACACGUUCUUAUUCCCCUGUGGUGAACGCAUAAUGACUCUUCUUGAUAUGAACCAAAUGGCUGGGCUACCCUUAGAUGGUGAUCCGUAUGAAGAAUUUAUACCCCCUACUCAUGAACUGGAUCCUUCUCUGUUGUUGUACCCCAGCUUUUUGCCACAACUCCUUGACAUAUGGAACAAACUCUCCGAAAGCGGCAAUGUAGGCUUUCGGGAAUGGUGCGAUUACUUCCACAAUCGUCUAAACGACACAUUCUUUAUCAAUAGUCUCCAAGACGAGCGCCUCUACACUGCAGCCUAUAUUACUAUUUGGCUCUGUCGCUUUGUUGUUCCAGGUGGAGGGCCAUAUAUUCGUCCCGGGGUAUUAGUGAUGGCCUCUUGGAUCACAAUAGGGCGUCGCAUAUCCUUAGCUCCGCCGGCCCUUUGCUCCUUAUACUAUUCGCUUCGGCUGAUCAGUACUCAUCCCAUUGGUCCCUCCUUUUUGAAAAGGGCAUGGCAAGUCCACUAUCUGAUCAGAUGGAUAGGCAUAUACUUAAGGAAGGUUUUUGGGAAUAAAUCUAGCACCAAAUCACUCCCAUUCUAUGAACAUCCAGCUCCAAAACCAAAAAUGUGGAACACUGUCUAGAACUCCACUUUUCCAUGAUCAUGACUCAGCACACAAACUUCUUAGAAAGCACACCCAGAUCUCAUGGCACCCCUACAGUUUCUCUAAAUUAGAAAAUGUAGGUCAUCUGAAUCGGGUUUUCCAAAUUUCCAUACGUCGGGGUAUGCUUCCAUGGAGGCGUGUUGAAGAAUUUAUAGCGGAACCUUAUCAUCCUGACAGAGUAACAAGACAAUUUAGGCUUGACCAAGUGGUGCCUUUUCCUCCCUUCACCAGUCUGUAUACAAGACAUGAUAUAGGUGUUGCAUAUGCCUUUUGGCUUCAUUUAUUGCGGGAUGCGGAGGAUCCACGCCCCAUUCCAGACGAUUCUCGCGGCGGUGACUCAUCUGUGGCAUGGGCAAAUUGGCUACAUGAAUUUCUGAAGCCAUUCGCUGAUGUAUUUGACCAACUUCGCAAUGGUAAUUUGAAUGGGAAGGUCCUUUAUAAUGAAAGGAGAAAAAAUAGGUCCGCACUGCAACGCCAUAUUAGAGUUCGUCCAUUGUCUGAUGAGGAUUUUAAGGUAGUAAGAAGGGUGGCUGAUGAGCACCGGGACCAGCAUAUUGGUGUCAUUGAACAGGAGGAAGCACGUGUCAAAGAUCACUGGAUGCCGAUCCUCCAUAGCUACUUACAAGACGUUGCUCUACUCAACCCAUGAAUUCCAAAGAGCAAAGUGGCAUACCAAAGUCUAUUGUUGCAGCUGGUUCUUUCUCUGCUCAUCCAGUGCUAGUGGGUAGUGAUGAUCCUCCAGAAACUGCCUCGGCCACCAGCGGAUAGAAGCGUAGAAAUUUAUCGCCCACUCAUGCUGACGAGGAAGAGAGGCUCCCCCUCAAGCGCAAACUUGACUUUUCCCAUGAAUGUGAUUUUUCUGAACCAAUAACAUUGGACAGUCCGUCAUUAGAUGUCGAACUCAGUAACUUGGUUAAUGAUGAAGAUUUUGCUCACGUUCUCACAGGAGAAAAGGACAAUGGCCUUGGUGACCUCUUCGAUUUAUCCGUCGAGGAUUAUACCGCUGGCGAGUGUGGCGCAAGUCGUCCACCUUCCAGCCCGGGUGUGACCGAAGCUGUGCCCCAUACCCCUAAUGCUCUUGAUUUCUUGUCAACUUUACCUGGUUGCGAACAAGCAAGUUACCAUUCGCAAGACCCUGUAAUGACGGUUGUAUCAGGGGAAGGCGCACAGAUGUACUGCAGCUUUGUCAAAGACACGUUUAUAGAUGCCAUGGAUACCGUGGUGAAACGAGCCCUCGAAGGACUGAAUGACUCUACCCGAUCCCAAGCGACGCAUCAUGCUUGAGAGCGUUUCUCAGACGUUGCCCAAGCAAGUACCUGAGGUAGCUAAGGUGCAUGCCAUGUUGGUCGGGCUUAUUGACCUUUCCAAGAAAUUGGAGGUUGGCCAGACUGAGUUCACGAAGGGAUCCGAGCGAGAUGAACAUGCUGCUGCUGAAGUCGAGCUUAAAAUUAAGUCCGUCCAUGAAGUUUCCAUGGCUGCAAUUGGGGAUUUAUCUGACCUAGACAAGAAGUGUGCUGAAAUGGAGGUGCAGGAAGCAGCGCUUAAGGUGCGGCUUAAGGAGGCUACCGCCAGUUUGCAGAAGCUUAAACUAGAGAGGGAACAGCGCCGACAAGCACAUAAUGCCCAUCAAUCUGAACUGAAGCACUUGGUGAAGAGUCUGCAGGACACCAACGCCGGCAAGCGUACAAGGCUUGCUGAAUUUGAACAAAAGACGGCAAAAUUAAAGACUGAAGCAAGUCAGUUGUUGAACAGCCUGCAGAACUGGCGAGCUCCUUGAGAAGGCCUAGACCUCGCUUAGUUUUUUAAUUAUUAUUUAGCCAUUUCAAUUUAUCAUUUCCCUUUGAAUCAUUUUAGGUUCAGUACUCAGUUUCACUUCAAAUGUAGCAGUACUUUGUUUAUUCACGUGGGAACUCCGAAUUUUAUGCAUGAUGUGCUAGUACGCCAGUGUUGACGUUGAAGCAUCCUUAUUUAUUUACACUAUCGUUGUGUA